UCUGCUUUUAGAAUUUCUAGAGCUCUGAAAAUUAAAUUAGGGGGAAAUCUAAAGAAUGACAAGAGAAUGACUGAAAGUUCAAUAGGUUAAAAGGAACAACUAAAAAAAAAGUUAUCACACAGACCAGAUGAUGAGACUUAUAGUUUGUAGUCACAUUCACUUAAAGUCAUUUAAAUGAACAAAGUGGUAAAAUCCUCUUCUCAGACACAAGUCUAUACUCUUUGAUGGGUAUUCAUUUUCAAGCAUCUUAUAGAUCUAAACAUUAAAACAAAGCUGAAAUGUACAUGAAAAUUACUGAUAGUGCAUUAUGUCUAUAAUUGAAAUUUAAACUAUAAAUUUUGUUAAAUACUCAUAUCCUCCAAAAGAAAUCUAACCUUUUUGGAAUUCAUUCUAUUUUACAAAUGGAUGAGAUGUUCAUUUACAACAGAUAUUAUAAAAUCUGAAAAUUACAAAGGAAAUCAAAAAUAUUUUACAUAUUUUUUCACUCUUCGCUGGUUCUAUAUUCAUGGUUAGAAAAACAGCAUUUGUAUAUUUAAAAAAUACAAUAUGUUUCCCAGUAGACAGCAACCUUUUUCCAUUAACAAUCUAUAGAAAUACAUUCCCCAGCAUGCAAUUGAUGUCAGAGAGCAUGCGCAAUAGCGCUUAACACCAUAGACAAAGGCCCCCUCCCAACUUCUGAACAUGCUCAGUGGAGGCCACGCGCCCACGCCGUCCUGCAGGGUCUUGGGCAUCAUGGCGGAGACGGAGGUCUCGCAAACUACCCGGAUUCCGCAGACAAGCGCUCCUUCCUCCGCCACCUCCUCUGCAGUUACAACGCCGUCGGUAGUAGGGGGAAGCGGAGCUGGAGGAAGCACCAGUGACCCGGUCCGUCCAGGAUUAAGUCAGCAGCAGCGCGCGAGCCAGCGCAAGGCGCACGCGCGGAGCUUCCCGCGGGCAAAAAAGCUGGAAAAGCUGGGAGUAUUUUCAGCAUGCAAGGCUAAUGACUCUUGCAAGUGCAAUGGUUGGAAGAACCCAAAUCCUCCCACAGCUCCCCGCAUGGAUUUGCAACAAACAGUCACCAAUCUCAGUGAACCCUGCCGUAGUUGUGGACACACUCUAGCUGACCAUGUUUCUCAUCUGGAGAAUGUCUCUGAGGAAGAGAUCAACCGUCUUCUGGGGAUGGUAGUAGAUGUGGAGAACCUCUUCAUGUCUGUGCAUAAAGAGGAAGACACAGACACCAAACAAGUUUAUUUCUACUUGUUCAAGCUUCUAAGAAAAUGCAUUCUACAGAUGAGCCGUCCAGUCGUCGAGGGGUCUCUAGGGUGUCCCCCCUUUGAGAAGCCAAACAUUGAACAGGGUGUCUUAAACUUUGUACAAUACAAGUUCAGCCAUCUACCCCCUAAAGAGCGACAGACCAUGUUUGAGCUUUCUAAAAUGUUUCUUCUUUGCCUAAACUAUUGGAAGCUAGAAACACCAUCCCAGUUCCGCCAACGCUCCCAAAAUGAUGAUGUGGCAACAUACAAAGUCAACUACACACGGUGGUUGUGUUACUGCCAUGUUCCCCAGAGCUGUGACAGUCUUCCACGUUAUGAGACCACCCAGGUCUUUGGGCGCAAUCUGCUCAAGUCCACUUUCACGGUUACUCGCAGGCAGCUGCUCGAGAAAUUCCGAGUGGAGAAAGAUAAACUGGUGCCAGAGAAACGGACCCUCAUUCUCACUCACUUCCCCAAAUUUUUAUCAAUGCUGGAAGAAGAAAUCUAUGGGGAGAGUUCCCCAAUUUGGGAAGCUGACUUCACUAUGCCUGCAACUGAAGGGGCUCCACUUGUACCCCGGCCAGCUAUCAGCACUGUUCCUGCAGCUAGCACUCCUUUGUUCAACAAAUCUCUGAGCUGCAGCUCAUCUUUGACAUCUAUUAAUCUGGAUGGGAGCUCACUGGAUUCUGUGCCAGGUGAGAAAAGGAAGCUUCCAGAAAGUUUGACCCUGGAGGAUGCAAAGAGAAUUCGCGUGUUAGGUGAUAUUCCAAUGGAGCUUGUUAAUGAAGUGAUGCUGACCAUUACUGAUCCAGCAGCCAUGCUAGGGCCUGAGACUAGUCUCUUGUCAGCAAAUGCGGCCCGGGAUGAGACAGCCCGCCUAGAGGAACGGCGUGGCAUCAUCGAAUUCCAUGUCAUUGGCAACUCACUUUCUCAAAAAUCAAACAAGAACAUUCUUAUGUGGCUGGUUGGGCUGCAGAACGUUUUUUCACACCAGCUGCCUCGAAUGCCCAAGGAAUACAUCACCCGCCUGGUUUUUGACCCCAAGCAUAAGACUCUGGCAUUAAUCAAGGAUGGUCGAGUGAUUGGUGGGAUCUGCUUUCGGAUGUUCCCAACACAAGGAUUCACUGAGAUUGUCUUCUGUGCUGUCACAUCUAAUGAGCAAGUCAAGGGCUAUGGGACUCACCUUAUGAAUCACCUGAAGGAAUACCACAUCAAACACAGCAUCCUCUACUUUCUCACCUAUGCAGAUGAAUAUGCCAUUGGCUAUUUCAAAAAGCAGGGGUUUUCAAAGGAUAUCAAGGUUCCCAAGAGCCGCUACCUUGGCUACAUCAAGGACUACGAAGGAGCCACCCUGAUGGAAUGUGAGCUAAAUCCUCGGAUCCCCUACACAGAGCUUUCACAUAUUAUCAAGAAGCAGAAGGAGAUCAUCAAGAAGUUGAUAGAGAGAAAGCAAGCCCAAAUCCGUAAAGUCUACCCUGGCCUCACUUGUUUCAAAGAGGGAGUUCGACAUAUUCCGAUUGAAAGCAUCCCAGGCAUCCGGGAAACAGGAUGGAAGCCUCUAAAUAAAGAAAAAGGAAAGGAGCUCAAGGAUCCAGACCAGUUGUACACUACUUUGAAAAAUCUUCUUGCUCAAAUCAAGACCCAUCCUAGUGCAUGGCCAUUUAUGGAACCAGUGAAGAAAUCUGAAGCUCCUGACUACUAUGAGAUUAUCCGCUUUCCCAUUGACCUGAAGACGAUGACAGAAAGGCUCAAGAAUCGCUAUUAUAUUACCAAGAAGCUCUUUAUUGCUGACUUGCAACGUGUCAUUACCAAUUGUCGUGAGUAUAACCCUCCUGAGAGUGAUUAUUGUAAGUGUGCCAACACCCUGGAAAAGUUUUUUUAUUUCAAGCUGAAGGAAGGAGGACUCAUUGACAAGUAAGAACAGUUGCUGGCUGCCUGGGGUUUCAUCUCCAUUUUAUCAGCCCCUCUCCAGCUUUUAAACAACUGGACAUUUUUCUUGCUGCCUUUUGUCACACUUCACGCACAAGUACCUUUGACUGGUUGGACAUCAGAAGUUUGCUUGAUAUUGGGAGAAGGAAGAGACAAUAUGCAGAGAUAUCUCUCUUCCUUGAAUAGACUGAGAUCUGCCAUCAGCCUCUUAAAUUUCUGAGCCUGAUCUCUCUAUCCGUUGCGCCUGCAUUUCCAGAAGGACAUAACUCUUUUUACUAUGGAAGGAGUCAGGAUUGUCAUAGAAGCUAUGAGGUAUUUGCUGCAAGUUGUUCCAGUUUUCCAUUUCUUUCCAUUCCCAAACUCUGGAACAAUUUCCCUAAAAUUGAUUUUUUCCAUAUAUAUUGUGCUUAGGUUCUCAUUCUCCCAUCAGCUUGAAAGAGUUGAAGAACUUCUAUAGAGCACCAGAAGAUUGGGGAAAUUUUCCAAAGUUGAUCCAGCGAAUCAAUGUGUUGUUGCACUUUUUUUGAGGUUCUGCCAUUACUUUUUGACAUGUGAAUGUAGGAAAGGAGUAGUCAAGUGAAACCUGGAGGAUGAAAACUUGUGGAGAUUUCAAGUACAGAA